ACACCCGACGCACCAGCGGGACAGUCCGGCUGCACCACCGGCUCUCUCGGACCACACCAACCUAAAACAUAUUUCUGUUGGAAAGCUAAUUAAACUGGAGUCUCCUAUUCUUCGUGUCGCAGUUUGCUUAGGAAUCAGAACCUGUAGAGCUAACCAGGGUGGUAGCAGCCAGGGCUUGCCCAAAAAGAGGUCCCCCCCGCCAGGGGAACGGAGGAGAUGAAGGAUUAGAGGAUAAUCCAGGAUGGUUCCAUGGUGCGACCGCAGAGCCGCUUGCAGCUGGACCUAUUUCUGAGCUGAUGUCGACAAAGCCAAAGCCCAAGGCAAGUGGGGGAAACCAGGCGACCUGACCACACUCCAACUGGCCCGGGUGCUUCCAGGAACACAAGUGCACAGUGUUCUUGUCAAUGUCUGUUUAAUUCAGCCAGCCAGCUAUGCCUUAACAACAAGCUACAAAGAGUGGGACAGAGUUCGGCCUGCACAUAAUAAACAGAGAUAAUAUUCCAGUGAACUAUUUGGCGCUGCAGGCCUGGAGUUAAACUUUUCAGCCAUAGAAAUUACACGGUUUCAAGAUCUUGGAAUAACCUUACAGAGAUUCUUUUCUAUUUUAUUUAUAUCUGUCAGUGAUUUUGACAUAAAUCUAAGAGGAGAAAAGUUGAACGCUGCUUAGUGAAGCUGAAGUUCAGUUUUGCCAUUCAGUGGGAUUAAAGGCAAUUCCAGACAUUGUUUAAGGUUGAUUUUCAAGAAACAUUGAACAUUCGCCUCUUGUGACCAUGAAUCUUCAGGAAAAGCUGUCAGGCCUAAAAGGUCUGGUCUCACACUCGCACAGCAAGCGGCGCUUUAAAGGCGACCUCACAUUGGACAUGAUCAGCCCUCCUCUGGGUGAUUUCCGUCACACCAUGCAUGUUGGCCGUGGCGGUGAUGUAUUCGGGGACACCUCCUUCCUCAGCAACCAUGGCGGCACGGCCAAUGGGAACAACGUGGAAACGGAUUCUAUCUCCACCCCUGACAACAAGAUUGGAGCGUUCUUCUCCAGGACCCUUCGUCAAAUCAGGAGGGGCUCUGACAACCGACCCAGAGAAGAAUCCAAGGAGCUGUCGCCGCCACCUCCUGCCGUUUCUCCCAUAAUCAAGAACGCCAUCUCCCUCCCCAGGCUGGAUGUGGAUAUGCCUAAUGGGAGUCUCACUACCAAACUGCUCUUCCCCAGUUCUCAAAGCACGCCAGAGGAGAAGAAAAGCUCUUAUGGUCUGGAGUCUGGUUUUGUCACUCUGCCUCGUCUCUCCCGCUCUGAGCGUCAGCAGCCUUCCAUCUCUCUCCCCAUUGCCUGCUCCCCUAACAUCCACCGCGGCUCUCUGACCGACCCUACUGACGCCAUCUUAUCCACUUGCUCCGCCUCCGUUAUGACCUCUGAACCCAAACACGCUACCACCGCCUACUCUGACUCCCUUCCCUCCCUCACCUCCCUGGACACCUUCACCUUUGACCUUGGGCCCUCCCUCAUGAGCGAGGUGUUUGGCCUGAUCGACGGUCACCCAGAGGAGCAUGGCCACGUCUGGGAGGUUGAGGAGGCAGGGUCAGCGUGUGGGCUGACCAAUGAGGGAUCAGAGAUGGACUCUGCUACUAUCUCAUACGUGGAUUCCCUGCUGAGGGAGGACUAUGGAGGCAGGAAGAGCCCGCAUGGGGCUGAAUGGGAGGAAGAGGAGGGGAGUGUGAUGGAUGUGAACGGAGUUGGGCUUUCUGUUAAAGUACCUGAUGUGGUGAUGGGAUCUCCUGAACGAGUGAGGCCGGGAAUGGAGAGUGCACGGUUCCAGAGUGCUACUGAUGUGCUUGCACGCCACUAUGGCGUCAGCCUCUUAAAGGGACAGAGCAGGAUGGAGGUUGCAGAUUCGGAGAUGAUGAUCAUCAGCCAGCCCAAGAAGAAUAUGUCCUACAAUUACAUGGAUGACGAGGAUGAAAUCAAAGUCUAAGCUGAGAAAAUCAGAGAUUUUUUUGAUGAUUUUUCUGUAAUUCCAAUCAAAUCAGUCAUCUAAAAUGUUUUACGGUCAAUGAGGCUGGCUCUUUUGACAGGAUUUCCAUUACAAACUACACUACUAAGUGAAUCCAGUAUCCUUAAUAUUGGAUGCUUUACUUUCAUACAAUCAUGGUUUAAGGAUGUAUAGUUUUGAUGCAAAACAUUUGCUGAAUGUAUCUAAAAGGAAUGAAAGACUUGCACGUUUCCAAGCUCAGCAUUGACGGGAGAAUGCUUUUUUCCAAAAGCCAUGACUUAAGAAGGACUGAAACAAAGAAGAGUUGUGGAAGAUGAGGAUGCGCAAGAUAAUGUGGUUAAGAUCGUCUCAAAGGAAACACCAACAUGAUUUAAAGUUACAAAGCCUGUCAUUCACUUUCUACUUUACACACUUCUUCACCUAUAAGGGGAGAAGAUUCUCGGUGGUCCCGGUCACUAGAGAGGAAGUGAAAAAAUAGAUGUUAUCUUAUUACAACCUUCUGGCAUCUCUUGUCAGCUUUUCACUCAGGAAUACACUACCAGGAAACAAAAAGGAAAGGGAAAUGAGAGAUCUGGAAUCUCAGGCCUCCUCAGAUAAACCAGAUAAAUGAAAUUACUCAGUUAUUAAACUACAUGGAUUGAGGGAAUAUGACAAGUAGUAACAGUGUUUGUUAGUUGCAACUAAAGGCUGAACCAUAUAAUUGCUCAUUUUAUGCUGCAGACCUUAGAUACUCUGUGCACCUUUUAUGAUUAUGAAGUCCGACUCCUGUAUUGAUUUUUAUAGAAGAAUUGUCAUUUAUAUGUUCUUUUAUACAACUGUACAUAUAUCAACUGACCUCUUAUAAAUAUGUACUUCACAUCCAUGGUCACAUCCAUAUGCUGCAGUCAAUACCAAUGAUAUACUAUGAUGAUAUAAAUUGACAAUAAAGAAAGUAAGGUUGAA